AUGGGUCUCCCUAUAUUCGGCACGAGCAACUACACUUCAGCUCAGUGGGUGCCAGAGCCAAAUAGGCGCGGAACCUGGGACCUCGUGCAGUCAUGUGUGUUGACACUCGGUCUUUGUAUAUACAGCGCCUUCCAUCUCAAUGUCUUUCACCGGGAGUGCAAGUGGUGGAUUCGGUUUCUUGUCCAGACUAAAUGGCUCGUGGUGGCAUUGCUUGCGCCUGAGUUUAUAGUGUUUAAUGCUUGGGCCCAGAGACGGCAAGCUGUUCGGAUAGCGAAGAUGCUGCGAAAGCGUAGUGGGCAGGAAGAAGUUGGUUCGUGGUUUACCAGGUUAUGCAAGUAUUUUCGAAGGAAACUCAGGUUGCUCGAUCAGGAACGCGGCCAGCAGCCAGCUGCGGUACAGAAUCAGCAGCAGGAUGGGCCACAACUACCGCAAACAACCGACAAAAUAGAAAAGGUCCAGGACACUGCCAUCUCAUUACAGGAGGACCCGUCUCCAAAUAUCCCCGAGGAAAGAUUCGAGCUUAUCCACGGUUUCCUAAUAGUAAUGGGGGGCCUUCUUGUGGAUAUGUCGGGAGACGACGAAAGGGUAUGGCCGCAAUGGUGUAACACCCUCACUAUGACACCCGCCUGCGCCGAAGAAUGCCUGGGGAAGAGUGCUUUUGAAGACAUUGACCUUAGUUUCUUAACUCGAGAGAAGAUCAAUGCUCGGCAGAAAGUAGACCAUUUCGCAAAGACUCUCAUCGUCAUGCAAGCACUGUGGUUUUGUAUACAGUUCAUCUUUCGAAUUUGCCAAUCGUUGCCAGUCAGUCUCUUGGAACUCAACACCUUCGCACACUCUCUUUGUGCUUUAUUCAUUUACAUCCUAUGGUGGCACAAACCUGGCAGCAUAGAUGAACCUUUUAUUAUACAUACAGGACAGUCGUCGGCAUUGAGAGACCUUUGCGCUGCGCAAUGGACUCUUGGGGCAUCCGGCAAAUUUUACGAGGGACAAAAGGUUGUUACGAAAGACCCCAAGAAACAGCAAGAACAGCAAGACUCCCCCUGGACACCUAUGUUUGUGCAUGGGGGAUCCGAAUUUACUCUAAACUUCUUUCGCGGUAGAAGGGGGAUAACGCUCUGUCCAGGUAGUGGAGAGGAUUGGUAUAUAUUCAACCACAAGGACAGAUGGUUCUAUUUUCCGCAUCUCCCAGAAACGGAUCGGUUCAACCUGCGCGUAUGUGGGCACGAUCAAAAUCCCACAGUACGGCUCGAGCCCGGGAAACCCAUCCCUGGAACAUCGAUGCACCUUAGCCCUCGGUUCGAGUCAUUGGAACUUGAUACGAUCACCCUUGAGCGAUGGAGGCGAGCCCUCAAGUCAGAGGCAUACAAUUGCAAUUACACGGUUUGGCUUCGCGAUAGGCAACCUAACUUUUCCUGGCCACGUGGACUGGAUAGUGACGAUGGCCCUGCCAUAGGCGAGGAACUGAUGAAAUCCUUGACGAUGCUUACAGUUACAAGCUUGUUUUAUGGAAGCAUACAUAUGCUGGCGUGGAAUUCUAACGUCCUCAGGACCACCGGAAAGGACCAAAUAUUCUGGAAACUCUCUUGCUUACAACUCAUGGUCCUUGGCCCUUUUGCCCUGGCAAUUUGGACCGGUCUGAAAAUGCGUGGCUCUGAUGCUCACCUUCGCCUCAAUCAGGCUUUGAGCAUAGGCUUCUCUGUAUUGGGGAUCGUCGUGUUUCUUUCGUAUAUGAUGUCAAGAGUGUAUCUGGUGGUCGAAAUAAUUAUCGUCUUGCCCUAUGUAGACCCUCGAGUCUACGAAAUGCCAGACUUUGCCGUUUACUGGCCGCAUUUUGGAUGA